AUGUCUUCCCUCGUAACGACGCACACGCUCGGAUUUCCGCGCGUGGGAGGGCAGCGGGAGCUGAAGAAGGCGCUCGAGUCCUACUGGCGAGGAGACUUGACGGAGGCUGCGCUACGGCAGAUCGGCAGCGAUUUACGCAAGCGGCACCUGCAGGAGCAGAACGAGAAAGGCGUGGCUCUUCUCCCCGUCGGUGAUUUUGCGUGGUACGAUCAUGUGCUAACCACCAGCCUGAUGCUCGGCAAUGUGCCUCCGCGUCACAGCGCUGGCGCAGAGGCCGCUGUCGAUCUCGACACGCUCUUCCGCGUUGCGCGGGGCCGCGCGCCGACCGGUGCUCCCGCGGCGGCGGCUGAGAUGACGAAGUGGUUCAACACGAACUACCACUACAUUGUGCCAGAGUUCACGAGCGCGUCGGCGGAGUUCAGCGUCUCUUGGCCGCAGCUCUUCGAGGAACUCGACGAGGCAAAGGCGCUCUUCGACGCUGAGCGUCUGAAGGCGGUGCUGCUCGGCCCUGUGACGUACGUGUACCUGGGCAAGGUGAAGGGCGAGGAGCCGUUCGAUCGCGCAUCCCUACUCCCGAAGCUCGUGCCGGUGUACGCGGAGAUUCUUAAGCGUGUGGCGGCCUUGGGUGUGACGUGGGUGCAGAUGGACGAGCCGGCGCUUGUGCUUGAGCUCGACUCCAGUUGGAGGCGUGCAUAUCACGAGACGUAUCGCGGCCUGCGCGCGGCGAUCGGCACUGAUGUGAAGCUGCUGCUGACGACCUACUUCGAGAGCGUGUCGCAUCAUCUCCCGCUCAUCGCUUCCUUGCCAGUGAAUGGGCUCCACAUUGACCUGAGCUUGCCGACGCAGUCGGCCCUCGACGUGGAGCGUGCGCUGCCGGAGGACUGGGUCCUCUCUGCCGGCGUGGUGAAUGGACGGAAUGUGUGGCGCUCGGACCUGCUGGACGCCUACCACCUCCUUGCUUCUCUGCGGCAGCAGUCCCCGCGGCGUGCGUUGUGGAUUGGCACGUCAUGCUCGCUUCUGCACUCCCCGAUCAACCUGGAAUGCGAGACGGGACUCGAACCGGAGGUGAGGGAGUGGCUUGCGUUUGCGCUGCAGAAGUGCAGUGAGCUGAAGCUGCUGGCGGACGCCGUUGUCACUGAGAGUGAGGCUGCCGUCGCCGCGUACACCGCACCUCUCCGGGCUCGUCAGCAGACGGAGCGCGUGGUGCGCAAGGAGGUGCGUGACCGCGUGGCGGACCUGACCGCCGCCGACGCCUGUCGCGUCGACCCCUUCCCGCAGCGCUGGGUCGUACAGCAGGAGAAGCUGAAGCUGCCCCUGUGGCCGACCACAACAAUCGGCUCCUUUCCGCAGACCAGCGAGGUGCGCGCGCAGCGCCUGGCGUACAAGAAGGGCCGCGUCGACAAGGAAACGUACGAGUCGCAGUUGAAGGAGCACAUCGCGUACGCCCUCAAGCAGCAGGAGGACAUCGGCCUCGACGUCCUCGUCCACGGGGAGGCGGAGCGUAACGACAUGGUGGAGUACUUUGGCGAACAGCUCGAGGGCUUUGCCUUCACGCAGAAUGGCUGGGUGCAAAGCUACGGCUCGCGCUGCGUGAAGCCGCCGAUCAUCGUCGGCGAUAUCUCGCGGCCGCAUCCGAUGACGGUCUCGUGGGCUGCCUACGCCCAAUCCCUGACGCAGCGGCCUGUGAAGGGUAUGCUCACUGGCCCGGUCACGAUUCUCUGCUGGUCGUUCGUCCGCGAGGACGUGUCGCGACAGACCGUGACGGAGCAGCUGGCGCUCGCGAUCCGCGACGAGGUGUGCGACCUCGAGCGCGCCGGCAUCAAGGUGAUCCAGGUGGACGAGCCGGGGCUGCGCGAGGGGCUGCCGCUGCAGCGGAGCAAGUGGGAGGAGUACCUGGACUGGGCGUCGCGCGCCUUCCGCGUGAGCACGUCGGGUGUCGCCCCGCACACACAGAUCCACACGCACAUGUGCUACGCGGAGGUGAACGACGUCAUCAAGACCAUCGCGUCCAUGGAUGCCGACGUGAUCUCGAUGGAGGCCUCUCGCUCGGACAUGGAGCCGCUCACGUCGUUUGCAGACUUCACCUACCCCAACGCCGUCGGUCCGGGCGUGUACGACAUCCACAGCCCCAACAUCCCCACCACCCAGUCGAUUGUGGAGUUGCUGCUCAAGGCGACACAGCAUCUCCCUGUCCGACAGCUGUGGGUGAACCCCGACUGUGGCCUGAAGACGCGGACCUGGGACGAGUGUCGCGCGGCGCUGCAGAACAUGGUCGCCGCCGCAACGGAGUUGCGCUGCAUUAAGCCCCAGUGA